AUGAUCAUGUCUGUUGUUCCUAUUCAUGUUAGUCUACCAGAUGGUUCUCAAGUGACUGCAUCCAUUUCUGGAAGCAUAGCCAUUUCCCUUGCUCUAACCCUACACAAUGUGUUACACGUACCUACUUUUCAUGUUAAUCUAAUCUCUAUUGCUAAACUUGUGCAUAGCAAUAAUUGUUAUGUUCAUUUCACUAAUCAGUCUUGCAAAAUUAUACAGAAUCAUUCCAAGGAAAUGGUUGGUAUAACUAAGCUUCAAAGAGGACUUUAUGUUCUUGACUCAUCCACUCAUCAUCAUGCUUAUCACUCUUUUGCUCAGAAUCCUUGUAAUCUCUGGAACUUAAGAUUAGGCCAUAUAUCUGAUAUAGGUUCACAAAAUAUUUCAAGAGUUUUUCCAUUUGUUCCUUCCCAAUGUAAUAAUCACAUUCCAUGCAACUCUUGCCAUUUUGGUAAACAAAAGAGAUUACCCUUUCCCAAUAGCAUUACCAAUAUAAGUGCUCCUUUUGAUAUACUACAUGUUGAUGUUUGGGGUCCUUUCUCCAUAAUUUCUAUACUUGGUCAUAAGUAUUUUCUGACUUUGUCUAAUAGGUUUUCUUCUUCUCCCAGUCAUAGUACAUCUCCCAGUCAUAAUACAUCUCCUAGCCCUGCUCCAGACAAUAGUCCCAUCACUGAAAUCUCUAUCCCUACCACUAGUCCUGCUGCACCCUUACAUAAUGAUAUCUCUCCUCUAUCCAUUCCUACAAGUCCUCCUUUUCCUAAUGAAUCUAUCAGUUCUUCCUCUCUUGGUCUCAAUGACCUACAGUCCAUAACUGAUUCUCCUCCACCUCUGAGACACUCUACUCGAGCCUCAAAUCCUCCUAGCUAUUUAGUUGAUUAUCAUUGUUAUCAUAUUCACAAUAAUUCUUUAGCUUCCCUUACUUCAUAUCCUCUAUCAUCUGUUAUUUCCUAUGAUAGAUGUUCCCCUUCUUUCAAAAAAUUAUGUUUCUCCAUUUCUUCUAUUGCUGAACCAAAAAACUUUACUCAAGCUGCUAAACAUGAUUGUUGGAUUAAGGCUAUGAAUGUUGAGUUAACUGCUCUUGAAGAAAAUCACACUUGGACCUUGGUUGAUCUUCCACCUGGGAAAAAUCCUAUUGGUUGCAGGUGGGUUUACAAAGUGAAACAUAGGGCUGAUCGAUCAGUUGAAAGAUACUAA